AGAGGAUGGCUUCUUAGACGUCGCCCUUGGACAGAAUUCGAAUCACCGGGAAGUAUCAGAUAGUUUCUGCCGCUGAGCGUCUCUCGUCAAAUGGGAUGGUGAUCCCUGUUCGUGUCUUGCAAGUCUCCAGAGCCUCCACAUGCUGCGUAACCUUCUGGUCUUCCUUCCCCUGGCAGCUGCAGCUGUCACCUCCUCUGGGAAGCCUUCCCUGACCUUUUUCUGGAUGCCCGGCAAGGUGACCACUGGCAGCGACAUGGGGCAGGCCUGCUGGGCCGUAGAGCAGCUGCAGAUGGAGGUGGGCAUCAACCGUGUAAAGGUGAGGCCAGGGCAAGGCGGGUGCAUCUGAGCAAGGGGGCAGGUGGACAGCCCAGCCCAGGUCUGGCUAACCGGGCUGGCCUGCAGGUAUCCAACGGCCGCUGACCUGCUGCAGUUCUGCACGGAGCAGGCCGAGAGUGACCCUUUCCUCGUGGGCAUCCCAGCUGCCACCAACCCCUUCAAGGAGAAGAAGCCCUGCACCAUCCUAUGACCCUGUAGCCUGGACCACCCAGAGGGCCUUAAUAAACAUGAAGUGAAUGCUC